AUGAGUUUUACAAUUUUAAAUCGAAAUGCACGCAAAUAUGAUGAUCGUACAUUAUCCGAUCUUUUACGUGCUGGCUUACUUGAUGCAGCUGAUGUUGAAAUUGAUAUUGAAAAAUGUAUUGAACCUUUAUUAAAUGAAUGGCUUAUGAACUAUGAUUACGAUACAUUAGCACAACCGAUAGGCAUUUUCUUUACAUUGCUCACUGUAUUGGGACAUGUUGCACAUAAUGUUACAAUUUUACAGUGGAAUAAAAUUCGAAAACAUUUAAAUCUUUAUUCAUUCAUAUUAGGAAUAAGCGCAUGCAAAUCAGGAUUCAUACGACCAGUUCGAUGUGCAUAUAGUGCUCUAAUAGAUUUCCUACGGCAAUAUAACCUUGGUGAUCCAGAUUCAUACAGUAGUCUUGUCGAUACAUUUACUACUGCUGGUCUUUAUGAUCAACUAGUUCAAUCUACUGAUGUCUUAAUAUUACAAGAAGAAAUUGAUACAACAUUGCACAAUAUGGGGUUUUAUGUUACGACUGGAAACGAUGGUCGACAACUUUUAUGUUCUCUAUGGGAGGGUCUAGAUGAUAAUAAAAAAACUAAAAGCUAUCGACAAAAUGUAAGUCAUUCGCAUUUAACAUUAUGUGGAGCUUCAACUGGAAAAUCGUUCAUACCAUUAAUUCGUGAAUGCCUUGACAAUCUUCCGACUGAUGGUGUAGUUGAUCGAUGUUUAAUACUUGCCGUACCAUAUUCAAGAUUUACACGUGAUUUAUUAAAACCACGAAAUCUUCGAAAACCAACAAUUAGUCAAAUACUAUUGUGUGCAUCACUAUUAGGACAAAGACAACUUACUUUUGACGAUGAUGCUUAUAAUACUAUAAAUGCUUAUACAGAUGAUCUUACACAUCGAGCAGCUAUAUUUUAUCGUACUAGUCCACGAUUUACAUCAUAUCUUGCCAAACAACCUUUACAGGUCAUUAAAUUAUGUGGCUUAAUGACCAUAGUGCAUAUUAUUGUCAAUAUUUUGUCACGUUUUAAUUUACGUCUAACCGAUGAAUUGGAUCAUGGAUUAACAUUAGCAUUUUAUAAUGAACUACAAACAAUGUUACAACAACGAGUACCUUAUGCUAUAACAAUAACACGAAAUAUUGUUGAUCGAGCUAUAUAUUUGCAUGGAUUUUUAUAUGAACAAUCUGAACGUUUACUUCAUCUCAAUACUCAUCAAAAUAAUAAUGUACCACAAUUAAAAUUAACUGGAGAUCAACUUCAAAAACAUCUUAUGCGAGAAAUUUUAAUGAUGCGCAAUCUUAUCGUUAUGACAAAUACAAUUUUUUCCAUUCCCGGAAUAAGUCAUGUACAUCGAUCUCUUGUUCAAAAUGCACUACAACAAUUAGUAGCUGAACGUCUUCUGUUAGCUGAUUAUUUUGUAUUAACAAAUACUAAUCGACCAAUAUUUUGCUACAUUAAAAGAGUACCAAAAGUAAAUGAUGUUGCUGAUCGACAAACAAUGAUUGAAAAACUUCAACAAUAUGAUAUAGCACUCGAAGAAUUUGUUAUAUUAAACAACAAUUAUACUUUAACAAAAGGUAAUCGACUUCAUCAGCAAGCACAUAAAAUUUUAUCAACACCAUCGUAUGUUGCAAUCUGUGGUGGACCAUAUGAACCACAAACAAAUUUCGAUGAAUCAUUAAACGUUCGAAAUUCUCAAAGAAAUGUUUCUUAUUCAUCUAAUACAAUAACAACACAACAUCGUAUACAACAACGUCAACGUUCUUCACUUUUAUUCAAUAGACAACAUUCACAACAUAUAAAAACUGAUAAUAACAGACGAAAACGUUCUUUUUCACCACACAUUAUUGAAUCAAAUGAUUCUAUUAAUAAUUUUGAAACUACAAAUCAAAUAUCUCAUCUCAACAGUCGACAAAAUACAUUAACAAAUACAUUUUCAGCAACAUCAAUAUCAUCUCAAGAAACAACUGAACCACUGUCACCAACUAUACGUAAUUCAGGUAUUAUCUAUUGGAUUUAUUUUGGAAUAGAAUCUGUUGGAAAUACAUCAAAUCUAUCAACAAAUUCAGCAAGCAAUUUACCUACACCACAAAUGCAACGUUUGAUUAAUCAAUAUUUUCCUUAUGAAACAAAUCCAUUUGAAGAAAUUAAUAAGCUUAAUGAGAAUACAAUGAACUUUCAAAUACGAUGUAAAAUAAUUCAUAAGUCUCCAAUUCGAUAUUUCGGUACAUCUAGUAAAGUAUUUGAUGCAAUUGUUUGCAAUUUUAUUGGCGAAAUAAAAGUAGUAGCAUUUAAUGAUGAUGUUGAUCGUCUCUAUAAUAGCAUCAUUGUCAAUCAUACAAUUACGAUACAAAAUGGAAAAAUUCAGAAAGCAAAUGAAAAUUAUCGAACACCUUAUUCUAUUUAUGAAAUUCGUUUAACAUCAGUCAGUCUAAUUGAACCAUAUGUAAAUCAUAAUUUUAAACCGAACAUGAGAAUUACAAAACAACAAUUAAUUCAAAUUCCACAAAAAAUUCAUGGAUCAUCUGUCGGUACGUUUCUAUGA